UACAGCGUGGCGAGUGACUUGGCCGACCAAUACUUGGCCAAGGGUAAUGGCGAACGAGCCCACACCUUGGCUGCCAUAGGUAACUGUCACAUAGACUCUGCCUGGCUGUGGCCGUACUCAGAGACCAAGAGGAAGGUGGCUCGCAGCUUCUCCUCUCAGCUCAAACUCAUGGAAGAUUAUCCUGAGCACAUCUUCGUAGCCUCCCAGGCACAGCAGUGGUCGUGGUGCAAGCAGUACUUCCCAGAGCUCUUUACCAGGAUCAAGAGCCGGGUAGCAGAGGGCAGGUUCCUGCCCGUGGGCAGCACCUGGGUAGAGAUGGAUGGUAACAUACCCAGUGGGGAGUCCUUCAUCAGACAAUACCUUCAUGGUCAGAAGUUCUACCAGCAGGAGCUGGGCAUCACUUGUAAGGAGUUCUGGCUUCCUGACACCUUUGGUUACUCUGCACAGAUACCUGCUCUUAUGAAGACUCCUCAAGUGCAUCACUCGCACAUUUUACCUCAUCAGCUCGAUGGUUCACCUCGUGUUUUGUAG